UAAAGUUUUGACUCGAACAUUAGAUUUUAUUGUACUCGUAUUAUUUAGUGGCAACAAAACACCUUAAUCCUUAUCUUCACCAAUCCACAAUGGAGGCGAUGUCAACCACUGUUCCAUCAUCCAUCAAUAUUCCAAAAUUACACCACAACAAAAACCAUCAUGUUAACCAUCUCAAACCACCCAUUCUCCACCAUCACAACCACCACAACAUCUCAAAAACCACCACCGUAAACCACCACACUUCGAUAUCGACCAAACCAACUAAUAACAUCACCCAACAUAAACUUUCAUCUAGUACUUUUAAACCAACAACCACAUCUCCCAUCCAAACUCACCGUAAUGUAGCGACUGGCUACGCGGCUGCACUAAUAGACGUGGCAUUAUGUAGUAACACGUUACUUGUUAUUCAUAAGGAUGUGAAAAGAUUGUUGAAGUGGUUGCAAGUUAAUCAGAUGUUGAAAGGUGUGAUGAAUGAUGCCAAUUUGGAUGAGGGUGUGAAAGGUAGAGUGAUUAUGGAGGUGGCCGAGAAGGCGAAACUAAGAAAGCAAGUGGUGGCAAUGGUUAAGAUGUUGGUUGCUAAGAACAAGUCGAGCUUGGUUGAACAAGUAAUGGUUGAGUUUCAAAGGAUUUAUUUUGAGCUAAAUACCAGCAGUUCAAGGAUGAUGGCUGUUUAAUCAUCCCUAUUCUUAAAGUUGUUACAAUCGAUUAUGAUUGUGUUAUAAAAGUUAGCAAACCUUUUGCCCAAUUAUGAUUGUGUUACUUGAUGACUUAAGAAUUUGAUUAAUCAUAUUAUGAUUGUCUAUGAUCAA